UCUGUUGCCUUGAUCGCUCCGUCCACAACACCAGUGACUCCAUGAUACCUUCCAAUGGCGGAGAAAGUAGCCGCAAAGGCAAUAAACGGCCAUUAGACGUCCCACCAAGUACCACUUCUCUCUACCAUCCCAGCAUUUACCGCUUCUAUUGUCGGGGCGCCUAUUUUGCCCAUUCGAAAGACAAGGGUAGCCAAGGAACCUGUCGUGGAAUUAAAUCCAGACUAGAGCUACUUUCGGACAUGGAAAUGAGUACGCGCGCGGAUGCGAUAAAGAAUUUUACCUACAUGACGGAUUACGAACUUGAAGACGGCAACGCGAACGAUCUCAACGAACAAACGAAAUCCAUUCUGGUUUCUCCAGCUCUUGUAUACCGAGAAGACAAAAACUCGAAAAACAGAGCAGAGCCACUCCCCGAAGAAGAGCUGAUCAAACGACAGAGCUGGCAUUGCUACGGAUCGACCGAAGUUGAGUAUCUAGUUCUGAAAGAUCCGGAGACAGGGUUACAAACGAUUUCCGCGUUGGCACCGCGUACGGAGGGCUUGACAAUUAGGAAAAUCAUAACAGACGACGAAUCUCUCACGAGCGUCGCCGUAGGUCCAAUUAAUGUUGUCAUGCAAAGCAGCGGAAUUGACACCAGUGACACCAACGACGACGAAGUCGAAAAAGGACAUGACGUAAGUAGGUUCCCAGAAGAAGUCCCUGCGAAGCCUAGUUUUGUCAGCCUGGAAGCUGGUCAACAAGCCGUUACCAAGGUAGGCGACUUUUCCCGACGAGCUGCUGCUCAGUGGGUUACCAAUGCCUCUUGGUUGGCGGGUACGCUGCAAGACGAAUUUCCACACCGUGUCUAUUCCGCAGGUGAGAAGAUUGCGGCUCAGCUGCCUCGAACGGUCGAUCAAACCAUUCAGUACAUGGGAAAGAUCAUAGAUCGAUAUUUCGGCGACGAUGACGGGGGCGACUGACCGAUCACCCGUUUUAACUGUUAGGUGUAGAAAACGAAAGCUCGAAAAGUGACGGGAUUGUCAUCAAAGAACCUUACUUACAGUUAAUGUAAAUCGAACGCAGUAACAACUCUAGCUAGUAUUAUAAGAUAUUAAAAUUUCGGUUUUUUCAACGU